GCCCAUCAGAACAUGUCGGAGAAGCAGACAGAAUGGAUGUACUCCGGCACCAGCAAGCCUGAUUUGGAACAGUAUCUGCUGGGUCGGCGUAUUGAUGAUGCGGUGGACCCUAACCAGGAUACAGAGAAGGCCGCUGACUGGAUCUCUGGAAAAGUUCCAGAGGAUGGGGACAUGGCGGGGCGGUCAGAAAUGUGGAAAACUAGGGACGCUUUCGCUAAGGCUCGAGAGGAUCCUAUGUUCAUUAUUGAGAAGCAAAAGCGGAAUGCUCAUGUUGACUUGAAGAACAAUCCGCUGAAAAUGCAGAAAAUAAAGGAUCUGCUAGCAUCAGAACUGAAAAAGGACUUGAAGAAGAAGAAAAAGAAGCGAAGGAAAAGUCGUGAAGAGGGCUCACCAGAGAGACGAGAAGAACCAAUGUCAUCAUCCUCACGAAACAGAUCUGAUGUAUCUGAACGUGGUUCAGAUUCUCGGAGUGAUAGGAAGCGCAGAAUCAGUAGAUCUCCAGAACAAUCAGGUAGUAGACACAGAUCUAGAUCUCCUGUCAAACACAGAAACAAACGAGACAAGAAUCGUUCUCGCAGCAGGUCGCGUGAUAAACACCAUCACAAACCUGGCUUCGGGCUUAUAGUUAAAUCCUCUACUAAACCCGCCACCGCUACUGAAAAACCCGCCACUUCUCAGAAUCCCACCUCGACAAAACCCGCCAAAUCGAAAUACCCAAUCCCACGGGGCGGAAGUGGAAUUAGCAAGAAAAUGUCUGCGGAGGAAAUGGCGAAAAAGAGGGAAGAAAUGAUGAGUAACGCUAAGGGUAGGGACGUAGAGCGAAGGGAACGAUACAGCAAACACAAAGACACGGAACUAGAGGACACGGCUGCCAACAAAGAGGGUAAAGCUGAGUUCCUCCACAAGUUCAAAGUAGACUCGUACUCGUCUAAUAGUACUACAGUGGAGGAUAGGAUAAAGAGUGGCAUUUUCAGUAAGCAGAGGACUAAAGCUGAUCUUGGGAAAUUUCUGAAAAAAUGAUAAAAUGCAGUUUUUUUAAAAGAGUUUUUAAUGAAACCUGAUUUGAUGGCGAAACUGAAUUUAACCACGAUAAUGAUUAUUGUCGGUAUGACUGUUUUGAGAUAAUCUUUAAAUAACUGACGACCAUUUUAAAACAAGUUUGUGAUAUAAAUUUGGGAAUUUGACGUGAUUUUAAGUUUAUACACGCAGUUAUUUAUGUUCAUUUAAAAAGAUAUUUAAUUUCAAAACUUGAUUCGUAUAUUUAAAAACAAGGAUUUUUAUU